UAAAACAAAGUUUCAAAUGAAACAGGUGUUAACAGUGAAACUAUAGGUGCAAAACAAUAUCAACUACUACUACAACAACAACAACAGAACAGGUAUGUCAAUCAAACCAAGUGUUGGCUCAUCGGCUGAUGAAUUUGAUUUGGCCGGUUUUUUGAGCGAAACAUUCGGUCAAGAUUACGAACCGGAAGAUGAUGUAUUUGAAGGGUCACCACCACCGGCAUCGCCAACCCAGACACAAACAGAAGUCGGCGAACCCGAAGUAAGCAUUCAAAACUCAUUGGGCCAGGGAGGUCUGCAACCUAACAAAUGGCCAAUUGAUUGGACAGCAUUGGCAUCUGAUUUCAGAACAUUGAAAACAAUGGGCUUUAUUAUCGACGAGUACGACAAGGGUAAGCACUCAUUUAGCUAUAUGGGUGAGGGUUCGUUUGGAGCAGUAUUUUAUGGACGGUAUGGCAAAGAGAUUGAACAGCAAAAGGAUAGGUCAAGCGGUCAACGACUACGUAACGUAAAGGUCGACCAAUUGUUUGCCAUCAAGUGUACACAUAUUCAUCCAAAUGAUCCGCUGGCCGAUACCUACAGGUUAGUAAUGGAAAGAGAAAAACAGAUUAUGAAACGGUUGAACCACGAGAACGUACUAACCUAUCGUAUGAUAGUCAACAUAGGUCCGUCCGUAGAGUAUACGAUGCCCGAUGGCCAAGUGGUGCUCAGCUAUGACCGUAGCUAUAUGCUUAUGGAUUUUGCCGAAUACGGUAGUCUGGACAGGUAUGCCGAACACUGUUUGCUGACCGGCUAUUCUGUAAGCAAAAUAUUCUGGGAUCUAUUGGCUGGACUCAAGUACUUGCAUAUAAACCAUGUGAUUCACGGCGAUAUUAGUGCCCGCAAUGUCCUUAUAUUUUUCGAAUGGCACCAACGACCGACACCGGUUACCGAAUCAAUUGACACACAAUCGGAGCCGGCCGUAACAGCCAAAUGGGCCGACUUUGGUAUGGCCAAACAGUAUCCGAUGAACGUGACCGACCCUAACGAACAAUGGCGAAUGGGAUCGGACAUGAAAAAAGAUGUCGAAGACAUGUGCGAUAUGUUCGACCUAAUGGCCUAUAUGAUUAUGGCUAAUCCAUUGCUCAGAUACGAGUGUCCAAUACUGGCCGAACUGACCGCCUAUUUGCGCAAUAUUCCCAGUCAAGAGCUGCCCGUCGGUCUCAAUAUGAGGCCGUAUCUGCACACAGAUCUAUCAAUGUUGUUCAUCGAGCACAUGAACUCACCUGAAAUGGAGUACUAUUCUAGUCGACAUUUUGUCGAUUAUAUAUUAACAUAUCCACAAUAAGCAUACCUGAGCAGCAGCACCAGCAGCAGGAAGCACCGUACCCUUGUACUGGUUUACAUCUAUAUAUAUAUACUUGAGCAGUAGUGGUUGGUAAUAUAUAUAAAUAAAAAUUUAUA